AUGUUUCCUCCAGAAUUCGUGUUCGGAACUGCGACGGCCGCGUACCAGGUGGAGGGAGCAGCACGGGAGGGGGGUCGGGGCCCCAGCAUAUGGGACGAAUUCUCGCACACACCAGGCAAGACACUGAACGGCGACACAGGAGACGUGGCAUGCGAUCAAUACCACCGAUACAAGGAGGACAUCGCACUGAUGGUGAACAUGGGGAUGAAGGCAUACCGCUUUUCCAUAUCAUGGUCACGCAUCAUGCCCACUGGGCGGGCGCCUGUGAAUCCCGAGGGGGUGGCAUAUUACUCUGCGCUCAUCCAAGCACUGCUGGACCAUGGCAUCACGCCCUACGUGACUCUCUUCCACUGGGACCUCCCUCUCGCCCUUGAGAAGGAGUUUGGCGGCUGGAGGAACCCCGAAAUAGUGCCCUGCUUUCGCACCUAUGCAGACACCUGCUUCACGCUCUUCGGCCGCUCUGCACCGCACUGGAUCACUCUAAACGAGCCGCUCUGCUUCACGCUGUGCGGGUACCAGUGGGGCAUUCACGCCCCUGGGCGCUCCUCCAACCGUGCCAUCUCUCCCCAAGGAGGCAACUCUGCUAGAGAGCCAUAUCUAGUGAUGCACCACUUACUGCUCGCACACGCUGCUGCUGUUGAGGCCUUCCGGCUAAGGUUCGGGUCCCACAGCGGCAUGAGCAUAGGGCUGGCGGUGGACGGGGAGUGGGCGGAGCCUCUCACCUCCUCGCCUGCUGAUGUGCAAGCAGCAGAGAGACGCAUGCAGUUCCAGCUUGCAUGCUAUUUCCCCCUCAUUCGUCUCCACACUUCCUUCUCCCAACCCUGCCACACACACACACUUCCCUCUUACCUCGCGCUCUCCUCACCACCCUUCUCCACGCCAAGGGUGCUAGACCCGCUCUUUUCAGGCGACUAUCCAGCAGUGAUGAAGCAGAGGGUGGGGGGCCGCUUGCCCUGCUUCACAUGGGAGCAGCAGCAGCAGCUCAAGGGGUCGCUGGACUUUGUAGGAGUCAACCACUACACCUCCAAAUUCGGCAGGGAGAGUGAGGAGAGCGGGUCUGCUGCUGCAGCGGUAUCUGGGGAGGAUGAGGGAGACCAUUUCAAGGACCAGGGUGUUGAGAUAUUGGGUGAGCGGGAUCCCUUCUUUGUUCCUACUGAAGAGAGCAGCCUUUCGUUCUCAUUUUUCCUCCUCAUGUGCCUAUUUUACAUUCCACCUCUUGUGCCUCUCCUCUCCCUCGACUCUCCCUCUGUCCCUCUCCUCUCCCUCUACUCUCCGUUUUCUGUCCCUCUCCUCUCCCCUUCUCCCUCCUCCCACUUCCUGCCCUGUGUGCAGCAUCACGAGAUGGCAUCCCCAUUGGAGAGCGGGUAA